GAGCGAAUAUACAAUGUAAAAUGUGGAAAAAACAGGAAAAAAUAUUCAUCUUCUAGGGCUUCCGUUAAAUAACUCCUAUCUUAUAUCUUCUUACUACACAGACGAAAUCGCGAGCAACAGCUAGUAAGCAUAUAAACAGAUUGGAAAACAUGGCUAAUGAACUGAAAAUUGUAGUGCCCAACAUGAGUUUAGUGCAAAAUCAACUUGUAACAGCGCUAACAGCGAGUACCCUUCUACAAACCUUAAGAAGAACUCAAGAUAUUUUAUUGAACACAGUUACUAACAUUCGCCACGGUCAGUUUAACAUUCACUUACUAACACCGGAACAGUUGAAACAAGAACUUAACGUAAUAUUGCCGGUCAAUUGUCUGACGAUCUAACAUUACCAGUUGAAAAGACUGAUUUAUCCAAGCUGUACCACUUAUUACACAUAAAGGCCACAAUGACUAAGGAAUACUUGAUAUUUGAAAUAACCUUGCCACUUAUCAGUAGAUAUCGAUACAAACUAUACCAUGUCAUUCCUAUUCCCAAACAAGUUAGUAACAAUUACACAGCAAAAAACUUCCGCUUUUUUUGGAAUAAAUCUCAAGAAAGACACUUAUGUAACGAUGAGCGCUGCUGACCUCUCGACUUGUAUAACAGAAGAAGAUACCUACAUAUGUCUUCUGAGGAACCCUACUUACCAUCUAAGCAGUGACAACAAUUUCUGCAAACUAGAUCACGAAACAAACCAAUGUAAAGUAGAAAAGAACUCAUGUUCUAACAAAUGGAUUACAUUGCACAAUCCUUCUGAAUACCUAUUUUAUGGCUGCAACAACUAUACUGUAAAAAUCAUUUGCGGAGAAGAUGUUGUCGAACUGAUCAAUGGAGCAGGAAUAAUACAUCUAGAACAAGGCUUCUAUGAUAAAGGGUCAUGACUUUACCCUUCACUCUUACACAUUUUUUUACAAUAGAGUUACUAUAAGCCCAAACAUCAAUUUACCUAACAUUAAUCAGAUAAACAACAUCAUCAACGUGACCAUACCAGCCUCUUCGACUGUCAACAACCAGAACGACACCUACGAUGAAACAAUAGAUGAGGAUCUACAGAGACUGUAUCAACGCAUUAAACAGACGAGAAACAUUGAUUUAGAACUAGAUUACACUGUGUCCUCUCAUGACAUCCAUCAGCUACUCCCUGGUGGCUGUGGCGGUGACGGCGUGCUGCUGUUGAGGUGGCAACGAUGUCGCAUGCAACGCGUGUUCGUGCCUCCAUCGGACAUCGCGCUACAACGAAUUUGUGUCCCGAGCGCUAGUGCGUGUCCACAUAACAUGCGUAAACGUCAGCCUAGUGUGCAUACUGAAGUGAAUGUGGUUAAAAAACAAAACAAAGCGUGUUCACCAAUACCUAUAUAGAACUAAUGGGCAUUAAGUACAUUGUUUACUUGAAAAAUGAUUUGUUUACAGCAUCAUUUUGUUUUAAUUUUAAAAUAUCAAUCAUAAUUUUCUCAACAUCUUAGUUCAUCAUCAUCUUUGCCGCCCCGGAACAUGUUCGGUCUAACGUCACCGAACCCUUUGCGAAAAAACAGCAGUAAUGUGCUGCUUUGUUAUUUUAGUUUACUUAACACGUUGACUGCCAUAUGGAAAUCCGAAUAUAUUUGCGUUUUUCAUCAGUCGUUUAAAUGACGUGAAACGACUCAUUUAAAAGAUUUCUAUAUAUAAUAUAUGUUUUUAUAUAUUUUUUUGUUUAUUAUGUGCUGUUUUUAGUCCGCCGGUCAUUGACACCCGGCGCGGCGCAAAUGUAAUAUUUUUUUCAUUGGAGCCACGCCGGUCAAAUCGCCGGUCAUCCUUGUUAAUCGCGUAAAAAUUCCCGCCAAAACGUCCAUCCUGCGCCCGAGCGAGCGCGCUACUGAUGAGUGACGAAUAAAGAAAUAUUAGGAUAGUGCAUGCUGCGUCCCUUCCCCACUGCCCCGCAUGACAUUUCUUCCGCGUCCUGUGCGAAUAAUUAUUGUUUUUGAAAUUGUAGGUAAGUAAACAACUCAGUGCACAGUUUUAUUUGACAUAGAUCGGAGCGCGCGCUAAAUGGUCACCUAAUAUUCUAGUUUAUUGUUAUUAUUUUAUAUCAAAGCUAUAGAUGAACAUGUUGUUUGACGAAUUGGAUCUAACUUUAGAUGAUUUUCGUGAAAUAGAACAUAUUGAAUCCCAAUUUCGUGAGACGGAGAGUCAUUCAAGUGAUUAUGAAGAGUUUAUUCGGUUUCCAAAUCGCCGUGCAAGGAAGCGCUGCAUAGUACCAUCUGAUACUGAAGACGAAGAAACCCUUGUACCCUCACCGUCAGAGUCUGGUUACACUCCAAAUACGGAAUGGCACGAACCACAAGGUAAACAACCUAAUAUAAUACCUUACACUGAAAUUUCUGUUUUGAAGCCGAUGCAUUUGCGACACGCUUUAGCUGGCGGUCAACCAGCUGAUUUUUAUAAUUUGAUGGUACCAGAGGCUCUGUUAGAAGAUAUAGCUAGACAGACCAAUAUUUUUGCCGCGCAAGUUUUAUCUAAAAGUCGAUUAUCGCGCCAAUCCAGACUACACUUGUGGAAGAACACUGAUAAAACUGAAAUCAAGAAGUUUUUCGGUCUUAUAAUUUGGAUGGGUUUGGUAAAAUUACCAAAACUAGCACUAUAUUGGUCUAAUAACCCAAUGUACGCACAACCGUUCGCUAAAAAUAUUAUGAGCCGCAACAGGUUUGAAAUAUUACUGAGGAUGUUGCAUUUUUCUAAUAACGAGGAGGCUCGUGAAAAUGAUCGUUUAUGGAAAAUAAGCAAUCUUCUAAGUACCUUGAAUGCUAAUUUUGCUUACCACUAUACACCUGGUGAAUUUCUUUGUGUGGAUGAGAGCAUGAUUCCAUUUCGUGGUAGAGUAAUCUUCAGACAAUAUAAUAAGCAAAAACGCCAUAAAUAUGGUAUAAAACUAUUUAAAUUAUGUACUGUUCCCGGAUACACUUGGAAAAUUGAGGUUUAUUCUGGAAAACAGCUCGAUUCUGCUUUUUCUACACCGACAAAUGUGGUGCUCAGGCUGUGUGUGGGUUUACUAGGAAAGGGCCAUUCUGUAUUUGUAGACAAUUGGUACACAAGUUUGGAUUUAGCAGAAAAGUUAAUUGACAAUGAGACACAUCUUAUUGGUACAUUACGCAGAAACAGAAAGUACUUGCCGAAACAGGUGAUGGAAGCCAAAUUAAACCCUGGUGAGUUUGCAGCCAAAGAAAACAGUAAGGGAAUUACAGUUAUGAAAUGGAAGGACAAACGUGACGUUUGUCUACUGUCAACUAAACACUCUAUAGGAUUUAGAAAAACUAAAAAUAAGAGAGGAAUAGAGGUGAUUAAGCCAAAGAUAAUUAUGGAUUAUAAUAAAGCUAAGGCAGCAGUAGACCUCUCGGAUCAAAUGACAGCGUAUUCUUCUCCGCUUCGAAAGUCUAUCAAGUGGUACAAAAAGUUGGCCUUAGAACUGCUUCUAAAUACAGCUGUAGUAAAUGCUCGGGUUUUAUAUGAAGCUACCACAAAAAAGAAGAUACCCAUUAUUGAAUUUAGACGAAAACUGUCACAACAAAUGAUUGACACAAACCCACGUUAUGGAGCAACGAGUAACAUUCCAUGUAGGCCAAAGAGAAUAAAACAUUCUCUUGUAAAAGCAGACGGGAAGGCUGCGAAGACAAGAAAAUUUUGUGUAGGUUGUUACAAGAAUAAUUCACAAACGCAUGGAAGAAAAAUUGCCAAAAACAAAACCAAAAAGGUUACGACAUUUUGUUCAGUUUGCCCAGACAAGCCAUAUUUGUGCAGAUCGUGUUUUGAUAAAAAUCAUUAAUUUUCUGUUUGUUUUUUAAUUUUAAAUUACUUUGAUCUCAACACAAAAUAAUGUGUCUCUAAAUAACACUAGUUUGUGAUUUGUAAUAAUAAAAAUAUUUUAAAAAGUAUACUGUCUUUAAUUUACAUCA